AUGGUUGUAGGAUCAGUGCUGGUGACCGGCGGCACGGGAUACAUCGGCUCCUUUACCGCUCUCGCGCUUCUCGAAGCAGACUACAAAGUCGUCAUCGUCGACAACCUCUAUAAUUCCUCCGACGAAGUCCUCAAUCGCAUUGAGCUGAUCUGCGGCAAGCGACCCGAAUACGUCAAAUGCGACAUCACCGACGAGAAGCAGCUUGACGAGGUUUUCGCGGCGCACCCAGACAUUGACAAUGUCAUUCACUUUGCUGCACUAAAAGCUGUGGGAGAAUCGGGAAAGAGACCUCUGGACUACUACCAUGUCAAUGUCUAUGGCACAUUGUGCCUGCUCCGCAGCAUGCAGAAGCACAAAGUCACGAACAUCGUGUUCUCCUCGUCUGCCACGGUUUAUGGCGACGCGACGCGAUUCAAGGACAUGAUUCCGAUCCCAGAAGAAUGUCCUCUUGGCCCAACAAACCCGUACGGCAACACCAAAUUUGCAGUCGAGACCAUGAUCACAGACUACAUUAACUCGGAAAGAGUCAAGGCCCAAGAAGCAGGCAGCGCCGGAGACGAGUUCAAUGCCGCAUUGCUGAGAUACUUCAACCCUGCCGGAAGCCAUCCCAGUGGUGUGAUGGGCGAAGACCCGACAGGCGUUCCUUACAACCUUCUUCCGCUGCUGGCCCAGGUUGCAGUUGGCAAGCGUGAAAAGCUUCUCGUGUUUGGAGAUGACUAUGCAUCAAAGGAUGGCACUGCAAUUCGUGACUACAUUCACAUUCUCGAUCUGGCUGACGGCCAUCUUGUUGCGUUGAACCACUUGCGCUCGAACAAGCCAGGUGUACGCGCGUGGAAUCUGGGGACUGGCCGGGGUUCCACAGUCUAUGAAAUGAUCAAGGCCUUCAGCAAAGCCGUGGGACGUGAUCUACCCUACGAAGUCGCUCCACGCCGUGCAGGCGACGUGCUCGACCUCACAGCGAACCCAUCGCGUGCGAAUAAGGAGCUUGGAUGGAAAGCUACCCACACUCUCGAGGACGCCUGCGCCGACCUUUGGAGGUGGACCGAGAACAAUCCACAGGGCUACAGACAACAGCCACCAAAAGAGUUUCUCGAUGCUCUUAGAAACAAGAAGCAGAGAACAGAAUAGACUUGCGAGAUCUCGGGAUAUUGUAGAUGGGGUGUCAUUGGAAAAGAGGAUGUGCAUUUGGAUACCCUAGAAGCGAUUGCAUCUAUGCCAGGUGUUGCAGAAAACUACAUCAUGGCCAGGGAUUGACAUAUAACCCAAAAGUAGGAUAGAGAUUUUGCAACUUGAAUAGACCUGCUUUCCG